CAUCUUCUGCCGCUUCAGUCCGUUCCCUCUUUCUUUUCUCCCCCUCUUCGUCACCUCUCGUAUCUGCACUCAUCCUCCCCUGCCCAUCUCCUUUCAUUUGCUCGUAUCCUCUCUUCCAUCUCGUCUUUUUUGUAUCUCCCAGCUCCUCAUCGAUACGAACGCGUUCCUCUCCUCGUCCUUUCCUCGUUUGCUAAAUCCUAAAGCCAGACCUCUCGUGUUCUCUCUCUCUCUCUCCGUCCCACCCCCUUCCUCUUUACGUUUCCCCCCUCCCUCCAUACUCUAUUUUCCUCAAUGCUUAAGUCAGUCAAAAGAGAUACGCUGAAGAAAAGAGGGGCGAACGGCGGGCGCUGAGAGAGAGACCGAGAGAAGGAGAGAAGCUGGAGGGAGAGAGGGGAGAGGGGGGAACGGGGGUUUGGAUACAUCUCCACCUGUCUUCUUCUCUCUGCCAUGGACUGCCUCUGCAUAGUGACCACAAAGAAAUAUCGGUAUCAGGAUGAAGAGACUCCGCCCCUGGAGCACAGCCCCGCCCACCUGGCUCACAGCAAGAGCGCUGAGAUGCUUCACAUGAGCGAUAAGAACCUGGCUGCCAUGGACUCCAUGCACAGUUACGCCCCCCACACACACAUCUCACCAAUAAAGCCAGUGUUGCUGUCCUCUGGUCAAACCCCUCUGUACACCUCUGCGGUCUCCACACUGGCGAACUCUCCACCAGUAGUGGUGAAUACAGACACACUGGAUGGCUCACCUUAUGUAAACGGAGCAGAAGGAGAGAUUGAAUAUGAAGAGAUUACGUUGGAAAGGGGGAACUCUGGGCUAGGCUUCAGUAUCGCCGGAGGGACUGAUAACCCUCAUGUAGGAGACGACCCCAGCAUCUUCAUUACCAAGAUCAUUCCAGGAGGAGCCGCUGCACAAGACGGGAGACUCAGAGUAAAUGAUAGUAUUCUGUUUGUGAAUGACGUUGAUGUUCGGGAGGUGACCCACAGUCAGGCAGUGGAAGCCCUCAAGGAGGCGGGCGCUAUCGUCAGACUAUAUGUAUUACGCAGGAAACCCAUCGCUGAGAAAGUCACCGAACUCAAGCUCAUCAAAGGGCCAAAAGGGCUAGGCUUCAGUAUAGCGGGUGGUGUCGGUAACCAGCACAUCCCCGGCGACAACAGCAUUUAUGUCACAAAGAUCAUCGAGGGAGGAGCGGCUCAUAAGGAUGGACGACUACAGAUUGGUGAUAAGAUACUGGCGGUGAAUAAUGUGUGUUUGGAGGACGUGAUGCAUGAGGACGCGGUGGGGGCGCUGAAGAACACAGCAGAGGUCGUCUACCUCAGAGUGGCAAAGCCAAAUAACCUGUACCUUACCAACAACUACAACCCACCAGACCUCACAAGCACGUACUCUCCGCAUCUGGACACGGACCUUGGACAUCCAAACUUCCUGGCCUCGGAUUACCCACAAGCCCUCACUCCCACCUCACCGAGCCGCUUUUCUCCUGUGCUGCAUGGCUUGUUGGGAGAUGAUGACUUACCCAGGGACCCGAGGCGUGUUGUGAUCCAUAGAGGAUCGACGGGUUUGGGGUUUAAUAUUGUUGGAGGGGAGGAUGGUGAGGGAAUAUUCAUCUCUUUCAUCCUGGCAGGAGGCCCUGCAGACCUGAGUGGAGAACUGCGCAAGGGAGAUCAGAUCUUAAGUGUGAAUGGCGUGGAUCUCCGGGUAGCUACACAUGAACAAGCAGCAGCUGCCUUGAAGAAUGCUGGACAGACUGUAACCAUCAUCGCCCAGUACAGACCAGAAGAGUACAGUCGAUUUGAAGCUAAGAUUCAUGACCUCAGAGAGCAGUUGAUGAACAGCAGUAUGGGCUCCGGAACAACUACAUUACGAAGUAACCCCAAACGAGGAUUUUAUAUCAGGGCUCUGUUUGACUAUGAUAAGACAGCAGACUGUGGUUUCCUGAGUCAGGCCGUGGGCUUUAAGUUUGGAGAUGUGCUGCAUGUUUUGGACUGUGGAGAUGAGGAGUGGUGGCAGGCCUGCAGAGUCAGCCCACAGGGGGAUGAGGAGGAGGUCGGCUUCAUCCCCAGCAAGAGGAGGGUUGAGAGAAAAGAGUGGUCGCGGUUGAAGUCAAAAGAAAGGGACCGAAGUCGAGACAGUACAGGUUCACAGGGAAGGGAAGAGCCCGUACGGAGUUACGAGACAGUUGCACAAGUGGAAGUGCACUACGCGAGGCCGAUCAUUAUUCUGGGUCCGGUGAAGGACAGAGUGAAUGAUGACCUGCUGUCCGAGUUCCCAGACAAGUUUGGCUCUUGUGUCCCCCAUACGACACGACCCAAGCGGGAGUAUGAGGUGGAUGGGCGGGACUACCAUUUUGUGUCGUCGCGGGAACAGAUGGAGAAAGACAUUCAGAACCAUCGUUUCAUUGAGGCGGGCCAGUACAACAGCCACCUGUACGGAACCAGCGUUCAGAGCGUCCGAGAAGUGGCGGAACAGCAGGGAAAGCACUGUAUUCUGGAUGUGUCCGCAAAUGCAGUUCGUAGGCUACAGGCUGCACAGCUCCACCCAAUCGCCAUCUUUGUACGACCUAAAUCACUGGAGAACGUCCUAGAGAUCAACACACGUUUAACUGAGGAACAAGCCAGGAAAGGUAUGGACCGCGCUAUUAAACUGGAGCAAGAUUUCCUGGAGUGCUUCUCUGCAAUCGUGGAGGGUGACAGCUUCGAGGAGGUUUAUCACAAGGUGAAAACUGUGAUCGAGGAGCAGUCAGGGCCUUAUAUCUGGAUUCCCACCAGGGAGCGUCUGUGAGAGUCCAUCCAGAGCCAAACCACCUCGCCCAGUCACCAUUCGGCCUGCCUGCCCUGGACUGUGGAGCUCCAACUCGAAGAGCUCACGAGAAUCAGACAGAGAGAGAGAGGGAGAGAUGGGAAGAGUGAAAGGGAGGGAGAAGUCACAGAGACACCAGGAAACGAUGGAGUGAAACCGCACAGGAGCUGCCCACACCGCAUCUGCCUCUCUUUUCCUCCUUUUCCUAGCUUUGUAACUUCCUUUUUCUGCUUUUAACUUCCUUUCUCUGUCUUUCUCUCGGUCCUUCUCUGUUUCUUUCUGGCUUUCUCUCUGAAUAACGUCCUCUCACACAGGACUGGUGAGCUGUUUUUACUCUCUCACGAACUGGGAUGCUACAAAGAAAUUUUGUAUAUUGUCAGAUUCCCUCUCGCUCUCUCCGAACUAGACAGGAAGUGGAGAGAGAGAUGAGCGACCGCCUUGGCUUUUACUGGAACGAGACUUUCAAGAGCUAUUCCUGAUUAAAGGAGCUCGUUUUACAAUACUAAAGGUGAAUUGAACUGAAUUAUGAAAGUAUAUUUAUCGGUAUCAAUAAUGCGCUGAAAUCUUCAAUAUCAAAGAUAUUACGACUACUCAGAGACUUACGUUCACCCACAGUUAUCAGCAUCAAGGGCGUUUAAUUCCUUUUACAAAUUUGAAGUGCUUGAUGUGUGCUUCCUGAAAUCCAGGAAGUUCUGAGCGGGCAAAACAAAAGGUUUGCCUCGGUCCUUCGAAUGUUCCCCUUAAAUAGUUUGCAGCUAGUUCAUCACAUUGAAUGGAUAAGAAGAAAGGGUUGGAAGGAAAAAGGGAAAGACGCAGACUGUGACUCUCAUUCUGCACAUGCUUGAUAUUCCGGAGUCUGUUUUCUUUGAUUUUCUUGCGCUUACAUGUAAACAUGCACAUUUAGACACACGCCAACAUGGAUUUUGUAACAUUUGCCUUCUUCUAUCUGGAUCUUCUUGCAAUAGCCUGAUUGAUGUUUUCCUUUGAGCUGAAAUUCAUUUGCUCGUUGGAUUAUUUCCCUGAGCUCCACGGCUCUCAAACACAAUGACUUCAGGCUGCUCUUAAUGUGCAAUAUCGGGCUCUUCCUUAAUCUUCUCAUAAUGUAACGAAUUUUAGCCAUGCUUGGAUCUUGAAGUCAUCGGUAAAUUAUCAAACCGCUUCAAGCCUAAUACUUUCAUCACUUUUACAUGCCCGUUGGAUUUCAGUUCGGUUUAGAUCACACUUGUGCUGAAAGGCUACGUUCACACCGCAAGACCAGUUCAGCUUUCUGCUCAAAUCCAGGUUGACCUUUUAAAUCUGGCCCAUAUCAGUCACCGCCCCUGAAGCCAGAGGAUGACCCUGACGUUUUCAUGUAUUCUAAUAUUAUAAUUUUUGUUUGUACAGCCAGUGGCCAUCCUCUGUCUUUUUCCCAACAAAGGUAAAUCAUUUUAUGAUGAAUGUCAAGUUAAAUUGCUGUAAACUAUCCUGAUUAUACACACCAGGAGGUCAAGGUUUGGCCUGUAAACAUGGUCCAUGCUGGUAGGCGCCGUAAUUACACCAUUUUCUUGGCAUCCUUCUCCAUUAAAAGCCAUUCUUAGGGCCAGAUUUAAUAACAGCUUGUGCCAGCGCAAACCCUCUUUUGGCAUUAAAAAACUACUGUCAGGAUUUACUACAGACAAUGCUGUGAAAAGUUAGCACUGAAAAGGCAUAGACUGUGUUGUUUUUGCAUAUGCAUUUGUAAGAGUUUCCCUUUUAGACGCAAAAUUUAUGGGAGGAGAGUAUUUAAAUGAAUCAUGCAAGGCGAUUUACUAAGGUUUGCGCUAGUCAAUUUACUGGUAUUUGCGCUAUUAUUUACUGCCCUUGAACCAGACGAAAAUUUGUGCUGCUUUUGGUAGAUUGCGUUAUGGAAAUGAUCCAGCUGCGUCCGUGUUCUUUAAUUUUGGGGGGGAGGGGGGAAUAUUGUGCUCUCGUGCUAAUUUGUCUUGUUUAGUAAAUCUUGCCCUAAAUUAGUUGCUUAUUUUGGUGAAAUAGAACUUAAAUCUCAAAUAUUUCAUCAUAUUACAGUUGAUGUUUUGCCAGUGCCCCUUUUUUUGGAAAACGCUUUUCUCAUAUGCUGACAUCACUGCUCAGGAUAGUCGUUAGCUUUGGGACUGCGUGUACUGUCAUCAGAAAAUCAACACAAUCUUAUUGCAAUUCAUAGAUAUUUUGUUUUGGUGAGUUGAUGACUAAUUCAUACGAUCCCAUUUUCAUACGAUCUGCAAAGUCAGAAUUGCGAGUGUAUAUCUCGCAGUUCUGACUUUAUUUUUUGCAAUUGUUUAUAUCACGCAAUCCUGACUUUUUCACGCAAUUGCGAGUUUACGUCGCACUUCUGACUUUAUUUUUCUCAGAAUUAUGUGAUAUAAAGUCGCAAUUGCGAGUUAUAAAAUCAGAAUUGUGUGAUAUAAACACAAUUGCAAAAAAUAAACUCGUAAUUCUGACCUUUUCCUCUCAAUUGUGAGUUUAUAUCUAGCAAUUCUGACAUUUUCCUCACAAUUCUGACUUUGUUUCUCGCAAUUGUGAGAUAUAAAAAGUCAGAAUUGCGUGAUAUAAACUCGCAAUUGAGAGAAAAAAGUCAGAAUUGUGAGUUUAUAUCUCACAAUUCUGAUUUUAUUUUUUACAAUUGUUUAUAUCCCGCAAUUCUGACUUUUUCUCGCAGUUCUUACUUUGUUUCUUGCAAUUGUGAGAUAUAAACUCGCAAUUGUGAGUUAUAAAGUCCAAUUCUGAGGAAAAAAAGACUGAAUAAAAAAUAAAAAAGGUAAUUGUGACAUUUGUCUCACAAUCUUGACUUUUUCUCUGCAUUAUGAGUUUACAUCUGACUUUUUUCUCAGAAUUGCGUGAUAUAAAUGCAAAAGUCAGAAUUGUGAGAUAUAAACUCGCAAUUGAGAGAAAAAAAAUCAGAAUUGCAAGAAUUUGUGACUUUUUAUUUAACAAUCCUGUGAGAACUGUGAGAUAAAAAGUCACGAUUACCUUUUUUAUUCAGUGGUGGAAACAAGCUUCCGUACAAACCAUCAUAUGAAUUCAUACGAAAUCGGCACCUCGUAAAAUAGUUUGUGUCGUUUUUCUGCGACUCCAGAGUGAUUUGUCACAUGAUGUUUACGGCUCAGAAUUGAAUUCAAUGUGAUUUUUACAUUUGCCCCAAUCACCUGCAAUGUGAACGUAGCCUUAAUGGCCAUUCAUUCAGCCCAUCUAUAAACUCUCUGUACACACACACACACACACACACACACACAAACACAAACACUAUCAGGAAAAUGGUGUAUUGUACAAUGUUUUUUAAUGCUGUGUAUCAGAUUAUAAUUAACUCUUGUAAUCAAAUCAAUGAGGCUACUUUGAUGCAUCUCAAUGGUCAGUCAGUGGACAUCAUCACAGCGGUUAAUCAGUGGGUCGAUUACGUUGCCAUCACCGGCGUGAAGAGGAGCGGGUCUUAAUGAUGCUGGACUUUUAUUGGAAUACGAUCGUGGGUUCAUUAUGCUUGAUGAGAUAAAUUAACGGCUAUAAUGCCAGGGAAUAAUCAGCUUAGCUAGCCAAGUUUAACAAUCUAACAACUAAUUACCCUUCUCACUCAUUUGUAAACAAUUUUACCCAUAAUUCUGAGAGGGUUGACAAAGCGCCCACUUCCACCCUGGCUGACAUGAGAAUGGCAGAAUGAUAAAUUGGCUUUUUUACCCUUUUGUGUUACCCUACAGCGAUGCGGUAAAAAUCGAUACGGUGCUUUGAGCUCAGAGGGCGUCAUAUUCAAGGACGAAAACCGUGAUGUGUCCAGAACACAGUUCAGUGGUUCACAUUGGAUUUAGUGAGAUUUCAUUAAAUCAAUGCCAUGAACUUUACCAUAGUGAUUUAUGGAAACAGACUGAGAGAAAAAAUGGACCCAGUAUUUGUAGGUGAUACAGAGACUAAUAAGAAGAUGAAGUGAAACACAUUUGCACUUAUUAAAGGAAGGAUUUGAUCAGACACGAUGAACGACAGACAGAAAGCAGAGGAACACAGAGCAAUCUUGGUGGCUUGUUUACUUUCACUUAUUUUCUUUUGACUUUUUGCGUUUGAAUUUCGAUAUUUAAGUGUGUUUGGAGUGCAGUGACAGUUUCUUUCUUGCCGGUAUUUUAAUUUAUAGAUUUUAUAUAAUUGUUUAUUUAAUUGUUUACUGCUUUGUUUACAUGGGGGUUUCGUGUGAAGACUGAGACGCUUUUGCUGUGGUUUCCAAAGUGGAGCUGCACACAAUCAAAUGUGAAAACUGAAAGUAAAAAUUCAACUUUACUGUGAAAUUUAAAAAAUAUUUUUCAAAAAAAAAAAAAAACUUUGCACGCAUUACACAUACCACAUACUGAUACUUUUCUAAACGUAGCCCAUAAAUAAAUUACCCAAAUCAUGUUAUUAGCCACAUAACUUAUAAAAAAUAAGAACGUAUAUUGCUGUCUGAAUGAGCUGCACAACACACACACACACACACACACACACACAAUGUAUUACAAAGAGAAAUAUAUGACUUCACUCUUACUAGAAUGAAUUAUGAGUUGAAUUUAUGAAUUUAUUUGAAUCAAAUGUAUUUUAUCGAUUUGUAUUUGCCAUAUUCUAAUUAUCCUGAACAGAUUGAACAUAUUGCUUUUAUUUUAAAAAAGAAGAAUAAUUAUGAAAAUACAACAAUGCCAUCUGAUGCAAAAGUAUAUUUAAAUGAUUUAUCUUAAAAGAGAGAUUUAUCAAUGACAGUAUCGGAUUAUAAAAAUGUUUAAUUUCAGUGAGAUGCUUGUUGUAAAUUAGCUACAAAAAUAAUAAAACCAAUUAUGUUAACAAG